UUCUUCCGUCCUCCUGUCCCACGGCCAUCCAACAUCAUUACGCUCUCAUUGUCAGUCCUUGCAGGAUUUCCAGCAGGUCACGGCACAGGCUGGCUUUUUGACGCACACUUGCUAGAUAGACAUGAUUGACCUUGCAUCAAAGCAUAGAUGAUCCGGAUCGCAGCUUCUCUUGGGAAAACAGAGAAAAGAUCCCCAAAAGGGAAGCAAAUCCAUCAAAAUGUCAAACGUUGAAGCUCGGUCAUCAGCUUUUGAUGAGAGCACUAAAGCAGAUGCUUUCCGUGGGUCUAGGAAGGGAAAAAAGACCGUUCACUGGGCCCCGUUAAAUAUAGGCCUUGAACGGCGUCUACAGACCUUUGUGGUUCUCUGCCAUACCCUGACAAUUGCCAUAUUCCUUACCUGUUUCUUUUUCACCUGCGCGUUACCAUUGUCCUGGCCACUGCUUUUGCCAUACCUGGUUUAUAUUUCAUUGUUCUCCAACGCGGCAACAUCUGGAUCCUUGAGUGGUCGAAGCAGUUUCUUGCGUUCGCUCAGAGUAUGGUCACUCUACGCUUCUUAUUUUCCUGCUCGCCUGCAUCGCUCAGAAAACCUCAUUCCUACCCGAAAAUACAUAUUUGGGUACCACCCUCAUGGAAUCAUCUCUCAUGGCGCCUUUGCAGCAUUCGCAACGGAAGCUCUGGGUUUCUCUAGGCUUUUCCCGGGGAUCACUAACACUUUGCUUACUCUCGACUCCAACUUUCGGAUUCCAUUUUAUAGAGAAUAUGCUCUGGCAAUGGGCCUUGCCAGUGUCUCGCGCGAGUCAUGUGAGAAUAUAUUGACAAAGGGCGGCGCUGAUGGCGAAGGAAUGGGCCGUGCUAUUACGAUUGUAAUUGGUGGCGCUCGCGAAUCCCUUGAUGCCUUGCCAUCCUCAUUGCGUCUUGUUCUCAAGCGACGAAAGGGCUUUAUCAAAUUAGCCAUUCGCACCGGUGCUGACUUGGUGCCGGUUUUAGCAUUUGGUGAAAAUGAUCUCUAUGAACAAGUCCGCUCAGACCGGCAUCCUCUAAUACACAAGCUUCAGAUGCUGAUAAAACAUACAAUGGGGUUCACCAUCCCACUCUUCCAUGCCCGCGGGGUUUUUAAUUAUGACGUGGGCUUGAUGCCGUACCGCCGUUCACUCAACAUUGUUGUCGGCCGCCCCAUCCCCGUCAUGCAAGAGCGUGAUAGAGGCAAAAUCGACGAUAAUUACAUCAGUUCCCUUCAUGAUCAGUACGUGUCAGAAUUGAAAAGACUCUGGGAGCAGUGGAAGGACGUGUAUGGCAAAGACAGAAACUCAGAGCUCGAGAUUGUUGCAUGACGUGCUUUGCCAAGCUAGGGUUUCCAGCCUGGUGCACGAUUCUUGAACAUUUAUUCUCUUGAUUUAGGGGACGGAACUGAUGUGGUACAUAAGCGACCCACAUGGAAGCAAGUGUUGUUUGAGUGUAUUGGCGACUUUUAAAUAUAUAUACUAUAGUUUAGCUACACAUAAAAG